CAUUUUCCCUUUUUGAAAUUAUCCGCAAAUAAAAGGAAAUUUUUCACUUUUCCACGCUUCUAAAGUGCCCACAACUGACAAACUGACACGCCGCAAUGGGAGGGAAACCAAAACAAGCAACAAGAACCAAAAAUAACCUUCGACCCUCAAGUUCGGGUCGUUCAGCAGAGCUUUUAGGAACUUCCGUGCCCGGCUUCGUCGGAUUUACCACUGUCGAGAAUUCAGGCGUUGUUCCAAUAGUCCCGGGCUUCGCAACCAGCACAGAAUUCAUGAUGUCAGACGAACUGGAUCCCAAUAUCGACGACAAUUUCAAAAUUUUACUGAAAAAAUUAUCGAAAAAAGAUCCCGUGACGAAACAAAAAGGCCUGCAAGAACUCACGGAACUCAUCCAAAACUCCGAUUUGGAGCUUGUGAAGCCAAUUUUGCCGCUUUGGCCUCGUUUGUACAACCAACUAUCGACGGAUUUUGAUCUCCGGGUGCGAGAAUUCACGCAACAAACGCACGCAGCGCUCGUUAACAAGUCCGGGAAGUUCAUCGCGCCUUUCGUGAAGCAACUGGCAGGUCCAUGGGUCGCCUCGUUAUGCACCGAAACGGAUGCAAUUGCGAAAAGUUUGGCUGCGGGCGCUUUUCAAAAGUCAUUUUCGACAGAAGAGAAGCAAAAAAAUUUAUUAAUCUUCUGCGAAGCGGAAUUAUUGGAUUAUUUCGUGAAAAAUUUAACAAUUCACUCGCAAACGACACUUUUAAACCCGAAAAAUCACACAACGGAAGAGCUGGAGGCCAAAUAUCAACGAGUUGUCGUCGGAAGUUUGCGCGCUUUUGCAUUUUUCCUGAAAAAAGUCCCUUUGGAGGAACAAAAAUGCGCCGAAAAGACAACUUCCUUGCUCGAAAAUGCCAAAUUUUGGAGUUUUCACAAGAGUAAAGACUCCGGAAUACGAUCCGCGUGGUUCGAAGUCAUCUCUUCAUGUCUCCGACACUCCCCGAAAUACCUCGAGACGAAGCAUGAAGCUGUCACGAGCAUCGCUUUUCAAAAUCUAGACGACUCCGACUCACUUGUGGUGCCCUAUGUAUGGGCGACAGUCGUUUUAGUGCAAGCCACGAUCGAAAAUUGGUUCAAUUUUGUCUCGCGUGAAAAAGUUUUCCUCCCGAAACUCUUUAAAUUGCUGAAAAACGGCGGAAAUGGCAACGCAGUAGCAAUUUAUCCGCAUCUCCUGCCCCUCGUAUCGCAAUUAAACCCCGAAUUUUUGGGCGACAUGACCGAAUUUUACCGAAAUUUCUUCAUUUCCAUCAAGGAGGGCAUGCAAACGAUCGCCGGAACCAAGUCUGAACUCGUCGCUGUGAUCAUCGGCUACUACGAAUCCCUUAAAUUCGUCUUUAUUCAACUCGCAAAGGACGAAAAUCAUCAAUUCGCACAAGAAUUAAUGGACGAUCAUGUCAUCGCAGUGAUUUAUUGGGGCAUUAACGCCGAGCAAAGUUACGUUCCGAAGCAACUUUUCUCCCAUGUGGCAUCUUUAAUCGCAUAUUGGAACGAAAAAAGUGAUUUUUAUGGAAAAAUCUUGAACCGAUUUUGGUCCGAGACAUUUUUAGUGCUGAAAUCCACGCUUGAAUCGCAUAAAAAUAUCGAAAAAAUCACCGCAGCUCAUCUUGAACUCGUCCUGGCAUUAAGAAAUUGCAACGGAACGUCACGCCAAAAGGCGAAUGUCAAGUUCGCCGGUCCCGCAGAUGAGGUAGAUGCGGUUUCAGUUGAUCAUGGAGUCAGUCAAACAUCAACUUUUGAUGCGGAUUUGAGACUUUUGAUACAAAAACUGUGCGCGGUGUACGUGGAAAAUGCUGAAUCAUCGAGAAAUUCCGUUUAUGUCCUCAAACUUGAACGUUUAAUCAAAGAUUUUCCGUCGGCGACGACUUUUGAAGCCCUUGCAGGAGACAAAAAUUUACUUUUUGUCUUUGACACGUUCAAAAAUUGGCUGUUGGAUGAGAAUUUGAGGUCAGAAAGUGUUGUUGAGCUAAUUUUGAUGCUCAUGAAACAGGUUCAAAGUGAGGAAAAAUCCGAAAUUUUGGAAAAAAUCGCAAAAAUUCAGGUCAGCGAGGUACAAAGUUGGGUCCUUUUACGUCUUUUGAGCCAUCCGUUGUGUCAAGAACCCUGCGUUGGUCCCAUUUUGGAGCUGCCUGAGGUACAAAAACACUUAAUUUCAUGUGCGAAAGCUGUUGUUGCCAAUGACACCUUGGAUAAUUUGAAUUUACUCCACAAAUGUUUCUUCCAAAAUGAAUCCGGAGAGAUUUUGAUCAAUGUUGCGACUUGUGAAGCCAUCGUAGAUACAAUUAACGAAGCUUUUGACAGCACGGAUAAAAGUUCGUUGGAUACUUGUGCGAGUUUUAUCGCUCAAAUUAUGCCCGUUAUUUGCAGCGAUGAGAAAAAAUUGGCUUUGCAACAUCGAACUUUCAUGAAAUUGUUCGCUUUUAGUGUCAAAAGUGUCGUUUGCGAUGAUUUGUCGGAAGAUACUUUGUGGGAAGUGACAACCGCGUGGCAAGACUCCUUAAGCAGCGACGAUAUCAAGCUCACGAAUGACCUUUUAGAGCAAUGUGCAUCCAUCGUUGAAGCCCAAAUCACGGAAGAAACAGAACCCGAGGGAUUCGAACGCGUCGCCGAGCUUUGUAGUAAACUUAUCAACUGUUCAACGGAAGAUUUGCACGAAGAAGAGAAAAUUUCGGCUGUUACGAACACUUUUAAAGCCCUUUUAAAGCCAAAUGAAACGGAUUUCAAGGCAAAUUUACUAAAAUUCGUCGAGUUAUCCGUUUAUCUGGAAGCUUUAAAUGCCUCAAUUUUACGAGAGGACUUGACUUUUCCGCUAAUUAAAUCUCUGCAAACCGAAAAUUGUCCCAAACUUUUGUCAGAAAUGACGAAACAAGCAAUGUUCAAGGCUUGUUUGCUCUUUAAGCUGACUUGUUCGACGAAAAAACGGAGAAAUACGACUUCGAUGUGUGAUGCGGGCUCAGAUGAUGCGAUGGAUGUCGAUCAGGAUGACGAUGAGGAGUUGACGGAAGAUUAUGUCAACAUUGAUGAAGGGCUUUUGAAGGAUUGGAGUGAUGGAUUGUACGAAGAAGCGAUGGAUGUGAUAAAAGCAGCGACAGUUGGAGAUGUUUUGGUGAAAUAUGGGUUCUCGAAGUAUCACGAGGACAACUUAAUCUAUCUCUCCGAAAAAACAUCAUCUCUACUCGAGAAAAUUCCCGACAAACUCCAACAUCACAUAAAAUCCCUCGUUUUCUCCGAAGUUCAAGCCAAAGCUGGUUUCGCAUCACGCACACUUCUCCUCUUGCAAAACCUUUCAGCCGAAUUCAGUGAUCCCGAAAACGCGUCAAUUAUCAUUCUCGAAGACGUCACGGAAAACUUCAAGCGAGAUCAAUCUUUGGACAUCUACUCAAGCGUUUUGCAAGCUUUAACGCCCGUUUUACAGCCCUCGGGCCUCCCAAUAAUUCCAAAUUUAUUCGAAAACCACGAAAAUUUGUACGCAAAAGUCGUUGCAGAGCGAAUGUUGAUCGAAAAUCAUUUUGGCGGGAAAAGCAACGAAAUGCAAGAUAAAAAAAUCAUCGGAAACGGAUUGAUAAUUUUGCACGAAAUUCUGAUGAAACAGAAGCAAAGCGGAUUUUUGUUGUACAAUACGGACAUUUCGCAAGUUGAAGUCGCAAAAGUAGCAGUUGUCGUUCAAAUUAUUCACUUGAUCAAAGAAAUUGUGAAAAAUUUCGCUCCUGAACUCGAUGGCACGAGAUGGGAUUUUGUGAGACUUGCUUUGUCGUCGUGGGUCUUGAGUGUCUCAAAAAGCGCGGGAAAAAUCGAAAACGAAGCCGUGACAAUUUUCGUUUCGGCUGUUUUUGAACUUUUUGGAGAACUAAUUAAAUUUUUCACAGCGGAAAAGACGAAAAGUUCAACGGAGCUCCUGUCUCGAGUGAUUGUCGAAUGGGAAGAUGUCUUCGCCAAAGAGAACAAUCUCGUACUCCUCAAAAGUUUCAUGGCGAUCGUCAAAGCGAACAAAAAUUUCCUCUUGAAAACCGAAUUUUUCGCUCGACUCAUGACCCCAAUCGCCACAAUUGACAUUCGAUCUGUCAUCGAAACGGGAAAACUUGACAACAAAACUUCGUUAACGGACUUUUUGGACUUCCUGAUUGACAACUUGGAUGAUCAGUGUCACGCGAUUCGGAUUUGUUGUGCGAAUUUGCUGCGAACGAUGACCCCGGAGCUCAUUUCCAUCGAUUUGGCGUUGUUACAAAAGCGAAAUGACUCGUUUGAGGCAGCAAAAGAAGACGAUGAUACGCCAACGACGUGGCAUGUUUUGCAUAAAUUCCUGUCAAAAAUUGAGAUUUUGGGGGCGGGCGUCGAAGCGUUCAUUGCGGAUUUUAGUUUUAAAGUUGACGAGGAGGAUUCGGAAGAAACGUGUCCCGAAACUGUUCCGUAUUUGCUCGUGUGGCAAACAAUUUUGUACGUUUGUAGUAAAGCUCCGGCGGAAUUGAGGUCCGUUUAUACGCAUUGGAUCAGCAGAAAUCAUUUCGAGACGACGUUACUUCCGUUUGUGUUUAAAUUGUUGCCAAGGGAGGUGCUGAAAAAUCCGGAUUCGUCGAUGGUGCUUGGAACGUCAGUUUUUGCGCCGUUAACGUGGGAAGCAGUAGCAAAUGAUCGUCUCUCGCACAAACGCUACGGAGCUCACAUUUACACCCAAUGUCUUCGAUAUAUUCCUGCAAUUGUCCGUAAAUGGUGGAAUGGCUCAAACCCUCGGCAAUCCAGUUUAGUCGACAAAAUCACAACGAAUUUCGUGUCAAAUCAACUGUGCCAAGACGAAUUCGCUUCUUUGAUCCAACGAAAAGACAAAAACGAAAAUAUGACAAUUAAAGUCGCCGCUACUUCACGACAAGUUACUGCUGUUUAUUCCAUUGACGAGGCAAAACUUGAACUUAUCAUCACGCUUCCCGUAAAUUAUCCGCUCGGAGCUGUGAAAGUCGAGAGCGGCAAAGCGAUCGGAGGUCGACUACAAUCGCGACAAAUUGUCAUGCAAUGCACGAUUUUCUUAACGCAUCAGAACGGAUCAAUUUUCGACGGUUUAACCCUUUGGAAGAAAAAUUUGGAUCGCAAAUUCGAGGGUGUGGAAGAAUGUUACAUUUGUUACGCUGUCAUCCAUCAGGACACGUGUCAGUUACCAAAACUCACAUGCAAGACGUGCAAAAAGAAGUUCCAUGGACCUUGUUUGUACAAAUGGUUCCAUACGAGCAACAAAUCGACGUGUCCCAUUUGUAGAAAUAUCUUUUAAUUUAUUCGUUUUUGGAGCUUUUCUUAAAAAAAUUAAACAAAAUUUACUUUUUAAGUUGA